CGUAACCGAAGUCCAAUAGAAGGCUACGGCGCUCUCCAUUGUCGCCCGUCUUCCUUUUCCUCUCCUCCUCUAGUCUCUCGUUCCCCGCACGAGUCACGACCUCGCCCAAACGGCCAACCCGCCGAAGAGUUUGCUGGUGGAAGAGGGGAGGAGGAAGAGGACGAGAUGGCGAGGGAGGACAGGUUCCCGGUGUGGGAGGCGGCGCUGCUCGCCGCCGUGGCCGCCGUCUUCGCCGCGGCGCUGGCCGGCGUCUACAUCUCCAUGCCCCACUCUGACUACAGCUUCCUCAAGCUGCCCCGCAACCUUCAAGAGCUCCAAGUCCUCACCAACCAUUUGGAGGGCUACACCAGUGACUACACCAUCCAGGUGUUGGUGGGCUACUGCGCUGUGUACAUCUUCAUGCAGACGUUCAUGAUCCCUGGGACUAUUUUCAUGUCCCUGCUUGCCGGAGCCCUCUUCGGGCAGCUCGGUGGUCUGGCCCUGGUGAUCUUUGCUGCCACUGCCGGCGCUUCUUCCUGCUACUUCCUGUCCAAGCUGGUCGGCAAACCCCUGGUCUUCUCGUUGUGGCCGGACAAGCUCAUGUUCUUCCAAAAGCAGGUUGCAAAAAGGAGAAAGAAGUUGCUGAAUUACAUGCUGUUCCUGAGAGUCACUCCAACACUUCCGAAUACUUUCAUCAAUUUUGCUUCACCUAUAGUGGGUGUGCCCUACCAUAUCUUCUUCUUAGCGACGGCCAUUGGCCUUAUCCCAGCUGCCUUUGUGACUGUCAGGGCAGGAAUUGCUUUGAGUGACCUGAGAUCGCUGAACGACCUAUACGAUCCGAAGUCGAUUGCGGUGCUGUUCCUGAUCGGGCUUGUUUCGGUGACGCCAACAUUGCUGGGCAAGGACGAGACGCAAAGCAAAGCACCAGCAGACAUUGCAGCUUGCACCAACUGAUCGCUUGCACGCCACCCCAGCGUCCUCCUUCCCUGUACAUACUGAAGCUCAGCGCCUGGUGGUGGCUCCAUGACUUCGGACCAAAUGGAACCUGUCGCCUGCCACGAACAUGGCGAGGGUCCCAGCCUGUCUCCACUUGUUGGAAAACUUUUGUGCUGAUAUUGUGAAAGGGAUGCACCAUAUCAUGGUCGCCUCAUGCUGAAUCUUGCAAGCGAAACGGACAUCGGAGCAGACUGCUUUCGAUUCUUGUGUUUAACUGAUUCACUGAUUAUUGUAUCUUUGCACAACGUUAACCAGAUUCAAUCAAUACAGCUGAUUCAGUGAUUCGUGAACA